CUUUAGACCUGUCUAAGAGAAGCAUUUCUUUAUAGGCACUGAAGAGAGAGAGAAAGCACAAGAGAGCAAAACUCAACUUUAGGAAAGCAGGUUGUGCCAGUUUAGAGUCACACUUGUGUACUGUAACUUGUCUCAGCCAACAGUAUCCCAACAAGAUGAUGCCAAGGUUUGCUCUGCUGUUGCUCUCCAUACUUCUGCUUGGCUCACCAACUCUUCAAGAUGAAAUCACCCUCAACAAUCAGCCAGACUCUCUCAGGAAGAUCUGUGCUCAACUCCAUGUGCCCGAGAAUCAUCAGAUAAAGUCUAUCUAUGAAACAGAAGCAAAGGCUCCUAUUGACAAUAGUUGGGCCAGCCUUGUUACUACUUUUACUGUAGAGGAAGGAUGCUUGCUUACAUUAUGGAGGAGCUCCAAAUUGAAAGAAAGUCCACAGAAUUUUCUGGAAGGUACCUACCAAAAUGAUCAAGAGGUGCUUAAAGGAUCCUUAGUUGCCUUUAACUGUAGUUGUGUUACAGACAAGCAUCUUCAUAAGUUGGAAGCCACAAACUUUGCAAGUUUUCGAAGAAAACACCUAGUUAGACCAGGCACAAGAGGGAAUGAUAGGUUCUGGACCAAUGAAAUGAGAAACAGGAGACUGUGCUGUCGCAGGUUCAACACGUUCAUUCAUGCUACAAAUCGUCAAGCUAUACAGAUUUGCCGUGGCCGUCGUGUAGGAGGAGGUGCUAAUAACCUGUAUAAAAGUAAUAGGAGGUUUCUAAUCACUGAGGUCAGACUGAUAAGAAGAAAUCCUUUAAAAUAUCGUGGAAGGAGAAGAAGCAGGUUUGUGGUUGUUGCAUGUGAUAACAACAGGAGACCGGUACAUCUGGAGAGAACAGAGAGCAGAUAAAAGUGCAUCUGCAGUCAUUCAUCUCCUGAUCACUUUUCCUUAAUCUAUAAAAGAAUGGCUCACAGAUUCGGGCUCACAGAUUCAUGACCUCUUUAAAUAAAGGGCUACUUUGCUUUUCCUAGCUGGGAUGUUUGGGGGGGGGCACCUAUUCAUAGUCUCUACAUACUGCUGCUAACAUUUUUAUUUUCAUACAGCUUUUCUGUGCAAAUUGUAAGCUGUAGGUCACAUUUCAGUGAAACUAUGAAGGAGAGACACACCAUGUAUGGCAGAUAUAAACACAGGUUCUUCCUCUGAAAGCCAUAUAUGGGGCAUUUAAAAUAACUGCAGAUCCACAUUUUUGUAGAAGAAAUAUGUUUCCUUGAAUUUCCAGUUGGCUAUUCUAACAGGCCCAAAUAUCUCUGGGAAGCAGAUUAUCUCCUAAAUAACAACUUGUAGCACCUGUCCUAUAUACCACACCAUUUAUAGGUGAGAUUACCCAAAUAAAUAUUUAGGGUAUCACCAGUUUCAACAUUAACUUUGUGCAACAAGGGACAUUUUGAGGUACAUCACAUCCUUCACAGCUGGUACAGUUCCUGGGCUUCCUCCUUAACUUGUCUUUAGACAUCUGCCUCCUUCUAAACUUUCUUACAUGAGAAAAAGAGAGAGCAGGAAAUAUCAUCAAUGAAUAUUGCCAAAAUAUCAUCUUCUUUUGUGGAUGGCUACAUUCGAAAUUUGUCCAUUUUAUCUCAAAAUCCAUUCUGUGCUAGUGGAUUGAUGUAUUAGGCCAUAUUUUAUUCAGAAACAUAGUUUUUCCUAAGGAGAGGAAGCUUUAGCAGUCUCUAGCACAGCGCAAUCCAAAACUGAAACAGCUGAAGCUAUAAGCUCAUAUCCUACAUUCCUUUUAAUUCUACUGUAUAAAAAAGAUCAUUCAUAGAAAGCUAACUAACUUCCCAGAAAAAUAGGGUUUACACACUCCUAAAGAGACUCUAAGAAGACCAUAAAGUCAAAAGUGGUCUUAUAAAACAUCACAAAUCAUGUUCUAUAGAGAAAACACACAAAACCUACAUGAGUCUUUUUCCUAGAACUUUCAGUAGACUUCAGCAUUGUUUGCCAAUAUCUUUCUACUAGAAAUAUUUGCCUUAAACUAGACAAGGAAUCCUUACCAUGGUUCACCAGCUUUGUCCAGAGAACACAGACAAGAUGCAUAGAUAAAAUGUCUUCCUUGUUCUUUAUCUCUGAGAUACAUGAGUUCUACCAGGAUCAUGGCUUGCAUGAAUGCUUUUCUUAGUAUCUAGUAAUCACACAUGGCAGAACUACAGUUAAACAGGCACCAUAAA